UUCACGUGGAAAACUUGCGUUCGUCGUUCUAAAUUAAAUUAUUGAAUAAAAAUUUGACCUUUUGACAGACACUUACCUUCGCGAUGAAGUCAAAAAAGCUGAUUUCGCAUCUGCUGUCUGCAAAAACCGAACAAAACAACGUCAUCCAAGAGAUUAUUUACUUCUACGAGGAUCCAGAGACCUUUUCGUGUCACUUGCGAGACAAAAUGCGCCCGGCAACUAUAAAAGCUUACACAGAAUUGCUCUUGGCGAAGCUUCGAAAUGAUUCUCGACCGGAAUUAUUGCUUACCGUAGAUGAAAUUAUCGAGAUGUUAUCACGAUUGGAGGUGAAAAAGCAGGAAAUGGAUGAAUUUCAUCGGAUUUUGGAUGUUCUUGCGUUGACUUUGUACAUUAAAACUGCCGAAGAAGGUACUGAUGACGAUGAAAACAGCUUGGAAUCGUUAAAUUUGUUCACGAAAAACGAUCAACGGAGUUUCUAUGUGAGUCAUUUGCUGUUUAAAUCGCUUCUGGAUCGCGGUGUCAUACGAGAUAAGGAUCAAAAAGUCGUUCAGGACAUCAAGGAACGCUUAAUUCUCGUCUUAAAAGAGGAAAGUCGUGGCAUGUCUCCGAUUUAUUGCAUCGCUGUGGAGUCUGUGAAGCUGUUAUUCGACGAAAAAAUCUUAAAUCCUCUAAAAUUCCUUUCCCGCAUCCUGAAACCACUCCGAAAAACCGAUGUUGAGAGCUUCGCCGUGAUUUUAUGCGACUUUAUCGAAUACGUCCCGAAUAAAAUGCUCGGAUUAUGUCAAGCUAUGAACAUGUUGAACGAGUUGGACCUCUUUUUGUUGCUUGAAAAGUCAGCGCGGAAGGUAAAAGAUCCCGAAAUCGACACAAAAAGAUGUUUUUUCCUCCUGAAAAACUGCGUUGAACUAUUUCGCGAGCUAAAUUUGACGUACAAAUCGGACUUGAUGUCAUGGGACCCCGAAAAAAGUUAUGAAUAUCAAGAGGCUUGGGAUAAAUUCUUCACAAUUGUCGAAACUUUGAAGGAAAAUAUGAAACAUUUGAUUGUUCCGGCGUUCGGAAUGCUCGAACAACUCGACGUUUUGGGUCCACGAUGGAAAUUGUGUCUGUUAGAACGCGGAUUUCAGAAUGAAAACUCAUCGGUGCAGACUUUUUGUGCUUCCUACUUGCUAAAAUCGAAGGAAUUAUGGACUUCUAUUGGAAAUGGAAGCGAUUCGGCGUUCACGGGAGUCAUCAAUAACACGAAUUUGUUCUCAAAGAAUGAAAUUACCUUCGAUCCGGAGCUUUAUUGUGACUUUGUGAGACAGUAUCCGGAUUUUGUUCAGUUGGAUCAACUACAGAAAUCAGUUCCGAUCUAUUUUACGGUCAAAGGAUUGUUUUCUCGGUUAUACGAUUUGAACGAAAAUCACGAAAAUGAGGCUUUGACGUGUUUAAAUCAAAUUUUGUCGGCUUUAACGAUGGUUCAUAACACUUUGAUAAGAGCAGAAAUCAUCGAUUUGGUCGUAACUUUCAUUUUUAAGCGACGAUGGUUCAAAAUUUUGAUGAAAUUGAACCUAAACCAUCUUUUAGAACCAAAUGAGGGAACAUUACUCGAAGGAUUGGAUCAAUUUUAUCCAGUUUCGUUCGACGAAUUGACCGAAAUUUAUCGAAACUCAUCAAUUCCAAUGGUUCUGAAACGAAAAUUUAUCACAAAUGACCUUCAAUUCACCAAAAAUGAGGAAAUUCCUCAGAUUUUGUACGUUCAUGCAUACUUACAUCUCGAAAAUGACCCCAAAUUGAAGGAUUUUUGUGAGAAUCUCCUUUGUGACUUCCUGACAAGUCUUGAAAACAACAAAAUUUCCUCCGAUACAUCAGCAAUUGAGGAGUUAAUUUUACAUGACAGACAACUUCCAAUUAAUUUCGUUGAAAAAAUCGUAAAAAUAUCAGUUUUGCAGCUCACAAAUCCCCUAACUGCUGUUCAAACAAAAGCUUUGCUUGCGGAAAUCCUGAAAAAUGUCUCGGAAAAUCCAAUUUUGUGUGAAAAUCCGUCAAUUCGCACGUCUUUGGAGUUUUUAACGGACUCGAUGCAGCUGAUGUGCAAGACAGAUGCGGGAAAAGUCAAAGGAAAAGGCGAUGGAGAGAUUUUUUCAAAGUAUUAUCAGGCUUUGAGUGUCGUGAGGAGGAAUGUUUUUGCCAAAUAUGGUCCUGAUAGGGUUCUUAUGACGGAUGAACUUGAAUUUACGUUGUAUUUGAUGGAUGUUGGAGGUUCAAGGAUACUCACGACGGAGAUGGGAACACUCAAGACCCUCUUCAAGAAGCAUUUGACUGCGAAUUUGGACCCCGAAUCGGAUUCUUUUGAACAAUCUCUUGCAAUUGUGGAACGAUGUUACACAGAAAUGAUGUCCUAUCGACGUUUCGAGUACUUUUGGGAGUGUCUUGAAUGCUUUGUUUCGAUGAUUUUGUCUCCAAAUCUCUUCCCAUCAUGGAUUUCCGACGUCAUUGUGCCAUAUUAUUCGAAAUUAAUGAAGCUCGCUGACGUCACUCAAGGAGUAGCUCACAUAAUUUUAUCAAAAUUAUUCAAAUUAGACAUCGACAUCUUCAGAAAACUCGAAAAUUAUCAAGAAAUCCUCAUCUGGGGCUUACUAUUCGGUGAACAGUACAACAGAAAUAAGCGAACAGAGACCGAAAUCUGCAUGGAAAUCCAUCAAAAGAAGCCUUAUCUCGUAACUCGUUACCAAUAUCGCGAAAGUGCUGACGUUCGAGCACUUUCAGUAGCGAUGUUGAUGAAAAUUUGCGAGCCCGAAUACAGAAAUUUGCCGGAAAUCGAAAAAAUCUUCCAAGAAAUGUUCAAAAAAUAUUCAAAAGUUGUCGGAAAUCGAUGUUACGCGGAUUCCCAAACGCAUUUAGACAAAUUACGGAUAAUUCAAGCGCUUCUGGUACUUCCCUGCGUCGAAGAUCAGUUCCGAGAAAUGAUCCAGUUGUCAACUUUCUUCGACAGUAACUUGCCCAAUGUCUCGUAUUUGCUUGAAAUUUUGUUCGCACGCAACGUUUCCGACAAAUAUCUCGAGGAACACAUUUUGUCGGAUGAUUUUAUGAAGGAACUUCGUCCAUCGGGCGCUGAAUCGCUUUUUGUCAUCCUCUAUUAUCGCUGUUGCACGGAAAGAGCUAAUCGAGCAGCUUUCGUCGAUCGUGUUAUUAAGAAAAUUCUUCCGUUUGCCAUGGGACAACACUUUACGACGCGCCUUUAUGCCCAAACGGUGUUGCGAAAACUCGUGGAUCGACGAUUGUAUCUCGAAGGAAGCGAAUUGCGGAUGAAACUUGUGAAGGAGGGACUUGACAAGAGCUUUGAAUUGAUGGGAGAUACGAAAAAUCUACGAAGUUUCAACGAUAUUCGAUUCAAAAUUAUCGAAAAUUUAGGAAAUUUUGGGUUAGAGAUGAUUUUUGAUACGAUCCCACGCAUGACGGAGCUGGCUGAACACGAAAUUAUCACAGUUGACAUGAUAAAUUUUUCAUUAAAGUCAAUUGGAAGUGAAAAAUUGUCGAUUAAAUCGAUCGAUUCUGAGGUUGCAAGACGAAUUUUUGAUAAAAAAAUCGAAAUUUCGAACAAUUCUGACCCAGAAUCGCCUGAAAUUGUCACACAAACGAACAUUCAAACGAAAAUCAUUCCCGCGAAGCAAAUGUUGCCAAGUACCCAUCUUGCGGAAAUCUUCCCGGAUAAAUAUUUGACCAAAUCCAAGUCCAUGACAGAUCUCAUAGUCAUCGCCACACUCAUUACGAAGCAACCAAAUCUCGGGGGCUUGGCGAGAACAUGUGAAAUUUUCAACGUUUGUCAAUAUGUUGUCGGAAGUUUGCAGCAAACGGAGACAAUUAGCUUCCAAAGUCUCAGUAUGUCGGCAGAUAAGUGGCUUAAAAUGGCGGAAGUGAAGUUAAAUGACCUCGCGGAUUACCUAAAAUUGCUCAAAAUGCAAGGAUAUUCCGUCGUUGGGGCCGAACAAACAGCAAAUUCGGGUCAAAUCACGGAAUUUCGCUUCCCGAAGAAGACCGCGUUGCUGUUGGGCAAUGAAAAAGAAGGAAUUCCGGGAAAUAUGAUCAGCAUGUUGGAUUACGCAGUUGAAAUCCCGCAAUUUGGGCUUUGUCGAUCGCUGAAUGUGCAUGUUUGUGCGAGUCUUUUCAUCUGGGAGUACGCGAAACAGCAUCAAGUUACCAAGAAAUGAAUUUAUUU